AAAAAAAAACCAGCAGAAAAAGGCGACAAGCCCUGCGCAUCAUGACAGAUGGACUAUCUAAAUCCUCGCGCAGCACCAGUAACCUUUCCGAGGGACUUUUACCUCUAACGCGGCUAAUAACCCAGUACUGUGUACCAUAAUCUGAAAAUAGCAUUUAGGCAACGCUCAGAAAACACUGCAUUGCUGCUGAAGGAUGAAAAACAACGGCAGCACCUCCGCAGUCCUUCGCAAGCAAAAGACUUUCCAAAUCAAGUUUGUCUGUCUUGUCUGACUGACUUGCUUGGAAGUUGACACAAAUAUUAGUAUCUCUCUUGAGUGCUGAUAUUGAAUAUUUAUUUAGAAAAUAUAAAUAUAAUCCUCCGUCUCAGCAACUGUGUGUGACAUAUGGUCCAAACGUAGCAGGCACUGACUACACCUGUACCCAGUCAAUAACAGGUUACCCCUAUGUAAAAUGGAGGAUAGUUUUGAUUGCGACUGUGGUGAGCUUGAGCCACCCGAUUGUUGAGGGCCAGACUACUCUGUGAAGACUAAAAGGCAAGACACCAUUUUUGGAUGAGCGGUGGUUUCAACAGGAAGAAGAUUUGAGUAUAUACAACAACAAAAAAAAUAAUAGAAUUAAAAAUUGUAGUUCUUUUUGGCGCAAUUGUAAUCAAUGCAGCUACACAGGAUGAGUCUAUCACUGAAUGUAUCUGCACUGUGAGGAUGCAACAAGAUCCUGUUGUAGUUUUUGAAUUGGCCUCUUGAGUUCAUUCCAUUAUUGCUGGCUGUUAAACACUAUAAACGUUUAAAAACGGUUUAAUAACCGGAGAAGCGGCAAAAACAACAACAACAACAUAAACAACAACAACAACAACAUAAACAACAACAACAAAAAACAGAUUUUGAAAAAGUAAUUCAUAUUAGGCCUGGAAAAACUUGCUCCUUUUGUCAAACAAACAUGACUUUCUACUCUGGUUGUGAGUCCGAGAGCCGUGUGAUUCUGUGAGGGUUAGACAGGGGGAAACAGUAGUCUUCUGUGAGGGUUAUACCAUCCACAUUUUCUAUUUUCACAAUGUUACACACCAGGCAAGACCUCCUAUAGCUUAUUACCAGUCAGUUUGUCCAUUUUGUAUUAAACAACCCCCAAAGCCAAUUGCAAACUUAGUCAAAACACCAAAUCCAAGAUGGCGGAGAAGUUUGAGUCUCUGAUGAACAUCCACGGGUUUGACCUGGGCCCACGUUACAUGGACCUGAAGCCUCUGGGCUACGGAGGGAACGGCCUGGUGUUCUCAGCCAUCGACACGGACUGCGACAAACGAGUGGCGGUGAAGAAGAUCAUUCUGACGGAUCCUCAGAGCGUCAAACACGCCCUGAGAGAGAUCAAGAUCAUCAGGAGGCUGGACCACGACAACACCGUCAAGGUAUUUGAGACCCUUGGGCCCAGCGGUCGUCACCUAACAGAGGACAUAGUCUCUCUGACAGAGGUGAACUCUGUGUACAUCGUCCAGGAGUACAUGGAGACAGACCUGUGUCAGCUCCUGGAGAGGGGUCUACUCUCUGAGGAUCACGCCAGACUCUUCAUGUACCAGCUGCUGAGAGGCCUCAAGUACAUCCACUCUGCCAACGUACUGCACAGAGACCUGAAGCCUGCCAACUUGUUCGUCAACACAGAGGACCUGGUGCUGAAGAUAGGAGACUUUGGACUGGCCCGGAUCAUGGAUCCUCACUACUCACACAAGGGUCAUCUUUCUGAGGGCUUGGUGACUAAAUGGUACCGGUCUCCUCGCCUGCUGCUCUCUCCUAACAACUACACCAAGGCCAUUGACAUGUGGGCUGCCGGAUGCAUCUUCACCGAGAUGCUCACCGGGAAAACGCUCUUCGCAGGAGCCCAUGAACUGGAGCAGAUGCAGCUGAUCCUGGAGUCCAUCCCUGUGCUGAGAGAAGAGGACAGGCAGGAGUUACACAGUGUUAUCCCCGUCUUCAUACACGGUGACAUGUCCCAGCCGCACAACCCACUGGCCAAGCUACUGCCCGACGUCAGCCCACAGGCCCUGGAUUUCCUGCAAAAGAUCCUGACCUUUAACCCCAUGGACCGUCUGACAGCAGAAGAAGCCCUAGCCCACCCUUACAUGUCUGACUACUCCUUCCCCCUGGACGAACCCGUCUCGCUGCACCCCUUCCACAUAGAGGAUGAGGUGGAUGAUAUCUUACUGAUGGACGAGGGUCACAGCCACACCUGGGACAGCAGGUACCGUGACAGCCAGCUUUCAGAAGGGGACUGGCACCUCCACACCCACAGCAUUCUGGACACUGACGAGGUACAGGUGGACCCUCGGGCUCUGUCUGACCAAACUGACGAGGAGGAGGUUCAGGUGGACCCUCGUAAGUAUGCAGACGGAGACCGGGAGAUCCUGGAUGAUCCUUCCUACGGCUACUCCUCCCUCUUCACUCCCGAACGCUCGUGGCCCGACCCCGAUGACAAACACUUGGACCUUCACCACGAGAACAAGUACUGUGACCUGGAGUGUUCCCACACCUGUAACUACAAGGUGGUGUCUCCAUCCUACCUGGAUAACCUGAUCUGGAGGGACAGCGAGGUCAACCACUACUACGAGCCCAAGCUCAUUAUAGAUCUGUCCAACUGGAAGGAGCAGCAGAGUAAAGAGAAACAGGCUCAGGCUGCAGGCAGAGACAAGGAGCACAAGGCUCAGAAGAGCAAGUGUGAGAAGAACGGCCUGGUGAAGGCUCAGAUGGUUCUACAGGUAGAGAAGGGCCCGGUGGAGAAGGACUCCCAGCAAGAGAAGAACCAGACCCAGACUACUCAACAGAAUCAAGGCUUUGACUUUGACUCCUUCAUCGCCGGCACCAUCAAACUGAGCCUGCGAACUGAGCCCAGCGACGUGGGACUCCUGGGGGAUGUGGGCCUCCUGAGCGAGGUGGGAGUGGGCCUCCUGAGCGAGGUGGGCCUCCUGAACGAGCUCAACUCGUCUGUGUCCCAGCUGGAGGCUCCGCGGUCAGGCUCCAUGUCCAAAACCAUCAGCCAGGAGAAGGAGGAGAAGUGCCUGGUGAACUUUGCUCAGGUCAGCAUCACCGUGGGGACCGCUGGGUCUGGGGCGCGUCCCGCACACCCCUGGGAGAGCUUCGGAGGAGGGGAGAGGGUGGAGGAGCGGAGAGGUGGGUGUCUGAUGGACGGGGCGGGGCGCUGGGACGUUGGGAAAGAGGAGCAGCUCCAGAAGGACAGCUGCUACACCAGCUACCUGGACAGACUGUUCAGCAGGAAGGACGAGGGCAGCGGGGAGAGUGCUGCUAGCGCCGCCGACACCCCAGAACCUGAGCCCUCGGAUGUGGGAGUGGAGAGGGAACGGGACGAGGGGGGCUUCCUGGCGCGGAGCGGAGAAAUCAUGUUUAACAUGCAGCUGGACUCUCUGGCGCUGCCGGGAUUCGAUGCUACGACCGACGUGCCGCUCAAAUCCAUCCAGGCCUCCCUCGCUCCCUCCACGGUCAAAUGCUCGCCUCAGAUCGCCCACACAACCUACAGCAGCUUCUUCAAGCAUCUGAAUUAAAAAACCAUAAAUGAUACAAUACCAUGUUCCUCACAGUGCAAGAUCUCUAGGCUGGUUCUGUUCUGUUGUCCUUCUAUUUAAUUUCAUUAUGAUAGUGAUGUUAUUUUACUUGAAUCAUUUCAUACCUUAUUGUAUGGCUCCUUUUUUAAAAUAUAAACUCUUAUUUGUAUUUUUAUUAUAAUUAUUUAGUUGUUGUAGGAGUUAAAGGUAAAAUAGACUGGGUUGAAAAGUUGCUAGCAGAUCAAACAUCAGCGUUAUUACCUCCCGGGGGUCACUGACCUGAGACCUGAGUUGAUCUCCCCAAUUAUCCCUCAGCAUCCACCAACUGGCAGCAUUUACACUGCACACUGAGUACUGUAGACUAGAAGGAGAGGAGAGAAGGAAUGAGGAAGAGAGAAGGAAUUAUUACCUCCGGGGGUCACUGACCUGAGACCUGAGUUGAUCUCCCCAAUUAUCCCUCAGCAUCCACCAACUGGCAGCAUUUACACUGCACACUGAGUACUGUAGACUAGAAGGAGAGGAGAGAAGGAAUGAGGAAGAGAGAAGGAAGGUGGAGAAUUGGAUAGGGGGAGAUAUAUGGAGGGAUAUGAGAAGUGGUGCGAUGCUAAGCAGAACAGCCCUGUUGAUCCUGCAGCCUUUCCCCCUGAGCUCAUCACUGAUCUAAGACCUGUGGCUGAUAAGUGAAAGGAACGUUUGCACCCUAUCACUUAAACCAAUCAGACCCUCUCAGAUCAGUCAUGUGGUCAACACAGGAAGAGGUGUAUAGAAAUCACAGCUUUGUAAUCUGUGCCAUUCUGGUGUCUGUGACAGCAUGGCCAGUGCCAUUGAGGCUAUCUCCAUUUUAAAGUAGUAUAUUUUCUUCUUUUGAUGUUUGAAGAGUGUAACGCUCAUAGUGGUGACUUUACCGUCACCUGCAGUCACCUGCAGUCUUCGAGUCUUGAAACCAAAUCGUGUUAUUCAUUUAUUGUGGCCACUAGAUGGCGGUCAUAUAGCUUAAAGCCAUUUACAAACUAGGCAAACCAAUUUGAAGAAGACAAAUGUUCUGCUGAUCGCUCCCAACCCAUAGGAAUCCCCCCACCCAGUUCACUACUUUAAAAUGGUGGAAGCUCUCAAUGGAAAUGUCCAUGUAAAAACAGGUUAUUUCCAAGUAAUGUUCUCUACAUCUCCAUGGGAGGAAGGAUACAUAUCUUAACAGAGCCAAUGUGAGAAGAUGGGAGGGCAUUGUGAACUAAAGGAGAGAGGUGUAUUGUGGGAGACGUAGUCAUACUCACAUCACAAUCGCUGUAGGUCUUUUCACCGGGGGGGGGGCAGGCUUUUCCUUUCUUUUUUAAAGAGGUUUUAUUUGAAAAUGUACUUUAAUUAUUUUUACCAAGUGUUUAAUUUAUUUCUGUAUAAUUUCCUAAAAGAGGCUUCCUGAAACCCCCUCAUUUCAUACUGUAGUUUGUUUGACACAUGAUGCCAGCAGCGAACCAUUACUCCUGGCCCUUUUGUGAAUGUGUUAUCUACCUCAAGGUAACAGCAGCGAGAGACAUUCGAAGCCGCACUAGUGCUUUACACACACACACA